AAGAGAGUGUGUGUGUCAUAAGUCUGUGAUCGGAAGGGAGGUCAGAACAGUUAAGCCUCUGUACCUGUUCUACAUCAGAGCAAAAAGAGCGUCUUUUGAAAUACACUGACAGUGUCCCACCCAUUUGGAUUUCGCCGUUCGUUCUGUGUAUUGGAGGUUCCAGGGCUGCUGGGGAGGAGCGAGGCUCGUCUUUAUCAGUAAGACAGCGCCGCUGCUCGAGCGCUACACUGACCGUCUGCCGCGCGCAAUCACCGUUUGAUCGGGACCCGCGCGGAGUCUCUCCGUUAUCUCGCCGCGUGCCACUGCAGCAGAAGGGCAAGAGAAACUCCUGAGAGGAUCACUUAUUUCAUCUCCGCUGACCCUUCCUAGGAGAAAAACACUGACUUUACUGACACCUGUCCAGGGAGAUACUUAGUAGAAAACCAUUGCGUGUAACUCAGUGGGAAAAAAAAUAAGUUUUAACCGUAGGUACCGUUGGACGUUUGUAACCUUGGAACUCGUAGCUGCUGUUCGGUGAGGAUGGGACCGUUGCUCGUCUCCAUCGCCCUCUGCGUGCACCUCGCUGUCCCGCAUCUCGUCAAAGCAGCAGAUGGUGAGGAUCCGACUUCAGCAGGACCCUGCCACCCAAACCCUUGUCACAAUGGAGGCACCUGUGAAAUCAGUGAAACGUUCAGGGGUGACACAUUCAUUGGAUACGUCUGCAAGUGCCCAUCAGGCUUUAACGGAAUCCACUGCCAACACAAUGUUAAUGAAUGUGAGAGAAGCCCCUGUAGAAACGGAGGGAUCUGCACAGAUCUCGUUGCGAACUAUUCCUGUGAAUGCCCAGGAGAAUAUAUGGGGAGAAACUGCCAGUACAAAUGUUCCGGUCCACUGGGCAUGGAGGGUGGAAUCAUCUCCAACCAGCAGAUAACAGCCUCCUCCACUCACCGAGCUCUCUUCGGCCUCCAGAAAUGGUACCCCUACUUUGCCCGGCUGAAUAAGAAGGGUCUUGUGAACGCCUGGACCGCAGCCGAGAAUGACAGAUGGCCCUGGAUUCAGAUUAACCUACAGAGGAGGAUGCGGGUCACAGGAGUGAUCACCCAAGGAGCCAAGCGCAUCGGGAGCCCAGAAUAUGUUAAGUCGUACAAAGUGGCCUACAGCGAUGACGGAAAGACCUGGAGGACAUACAAAGUCAAGGGCACGGAGGAAGAUAUAAUCUUCCGUGGGAAUAUUGAUAACAACACUCCAUAUGCCAAUUCCUUCACCCCUCCUAUCGAGGCGCAGUAUGUGAGGAUCUACCCGCAGGUGUGCAGGAGACACUGCACUCUUCGCAUGGAGCUCCUGGGUUGUGAGCUCACGGGGUGUUCAGAGCCAAUGGGUAUGAAGUCUGGCCACAUUCAGGACUACCAAAUCACAGCCUCCAGCAUCUUCAGAACUCUUAACAUGGACAUGUUCACCUGGGAGCCUGGGAAAGCCAGACUAGAUAAGCAAGGGAAGGUCAAUGCCUGGACGUCUGGACACAGUGACCAGUCCCAGUGGCUGCAGGUUGACAUGCUUCGGCCAACAAAAAUCACAGGCGUUAUUACCCAGGGGGCUAAAGACUUUGGACAUGUUCAGUUUGUCGGCUCCUACAAGGUGGCUUACAGCAAUAACGGCGAGAGAUGGUUUAUAUAUCAAGACGAAAAACAGAAGAAAGACAAGGUCUUUCAAGGAAAUUUUGAUAAUGACACCCACAGAAAGAACGUGAUAGAUCCUCCCAUCUAUGCCAGAUUCAUCCGAAUUCUUCCAUGGUCGUGGUAUGGAAGAAUCACUUUGCGCGCAGAGUUAUUGGGAUGCACAGAGGAAGAGUGAAGACCCCUAUUCAUUUUCCCUUUGCUACACUUUGGUCCAUAUUCAAUAUAAACUCUGCUUAAACAUGUAAAAUUAAAAUUGGUUUCAUCCGAAUUUUCCUUUUUUUAAUAUUAUUUGUUUUAUUUUUUUCUUAAAGAGGUGGGUUUAGUCACCUAUCAUACCCUGCUUGUUUGUCCUUUUUGUGGUCUGUUCCAUUUAGUGAAUUAUUUCUAAUUCUAAUGCUUAUUUUAAGCUAAGUGGAGGGUGGGGGUUAUUUCACUGUGGUUUACGCAGUGGAACAAUAGCCACUGUACAGUGUCACUUUAAAUGAACAAAAAAUGACAUGCAAUGCUUUUUGGGCCAUAAUCAAUAAAUCACAACACAUAGCAGAAAAGACUAACAUUAAUAUGUAAAAUAUGUUUCUACUUUAAUUUUAACAGCAGGCCUGACUGAAGUUAUAUCACAACUGACACUGACAUUGUUGUGUAGACAAAAAUAUGAUGGUAUUGUAUUAUAUGUAAAACGCAAAAUAACUGCAUGAUGCAAAAAUGACUAGAAGUAUAAGACAACAAGAUGUAUGAGUUCAAAUUAAAGCAUUUCAUAGAUCAUUUUUAUCAAUCAUUUCAAAUUUUUAUGAUCUGAUUUCCUGUACUUUUCUAAAGACACUGUUACAUGCCCCAUAAUGUAAUGACAUGCCAUAAAAAUAAAAACAACACUACAGCAUCCAUAACAGGUUAAUCUUAACCAGAUUAACAAUGUCACACACAUAGACAACUGAUGGAAAGUUAUGAAGACAAAGGUACAUUCACUUACAGGUUAUUACGUAGGCAGUCUGUAACAACGACAGGAGAAUUUUUUUUUUAAGAAAAUAAUGUCCUUGGAAAUUAAACUUUUUUUUUUUUUAUGUGUACAAUAUUUUUUGUGUAACUUCCAGAUGUCUCAGUUUUUCACGCUGUUUACCUAUUACUUACAUGUACUACUGUAUUUUUGUUUUUCUUGAUUGUAAAAACCUCAGGAUAGAUGUCAAUUUUACAAUCGUACAAUUAAAUCUAACUUUGGUGGAAUGCAAAUCCCUCUGAAAAAUCCCACAUUUGUAUGUGCUUGUUAAAAAUGUGAAAGAAUAUAAACAUACAAAAAUGUGUUGUAUGGACUACACUAAGUGGGAUUAUUCUUUUCCCCUUCCUUUGCAUAUAACAAAGGCACCAUUAAAUAACAUGUAUGCAAAGAUUAGAUACAGAUGUUUAUACAGCUGUUAGGUAAUCAUCAAAAUGUAUUUAUUAAUUUUAAAGGUGAGCACCAUUGGGUUGUGAAAUCACUGCAUCAAUCUAUUUGUUACUUCUUCUUUUUUUAUGGAAAUUUUCAGGGCUCACAACACUUAUGUAAUAUAAAUAUACAAGAACCCAUGAGGGGGGAGGGGGAGGGGGGGUUAACACUAUUUGUACAGUCUUGAAUGUGACAUAUUAAUAAAAAUAAAAAAAAAAGGUCAGAGAUGUGUUGACAUGAAUUCCGCAUAUAUCAUACACCAGAAACAGCAUAUACAUCACGUGCAGUACCAUAUUUUUUAACUAACGGAUAAAUGUUGGCAUCAUGUUUCUAUGUUUAUCAUGACUAUUGACAUAUAUGGAGGUAAUAUCAGUAAUUCUUGUCUAACAUUUCCCUGUGUCUGUGAGAUUCUUCUCUAACACUGUUCAAAUGACUUGUGUGCACAUUUAACAGUUUUGUACAGACCUUUUGAGGAUGACUGUGUAUUAAGAAGAAAAAAAACGUCAAAAUAUGAGGUCCACAGGCACAUUUUUAAAAGAAUAACGAAAAUAUAUAUAUUGGUGGGUCUGAUAGUCCAGCAUUUCCAUUACAUGUGCUGUGAAUAGUGAUUGUUUGAAAACAUGUAUAGAGUUCAAAUCAAGAGAGACCCAGUGGGCCACAUAAUCUUUUGGUUUUGCGUUUAUGCUGUCAGAUGUUCAAAAAUAAAGUGUCAUAUUUCUUUUAUGUUCAUUCUGUGUCAAGCAAGUGCUAUAUGGUAAAACAUAAUUAUACUCUAUUAGUUAAAGCGAAGUGUACAAAGGAGGACAGCCAUUGCUAACAUAUAGACAGCUCUUUUGUUUGACAAAUAAAAAGACAUAUGUGAAAAAUC